GUUUAUAAAAAUUUGCACGAAGUUUGCUUUAUAUAAACUUUUGCAUUAUUAUUUAAAUAAGAAUGAGUAAAGAUGAACUUUCUCUCCAAUUGGAAGAUUUAUCGGAUUCAUACCCAAACACUCCUGUAAUUUCAUAUCCAACUGCAAAUUUAGAAACUAGGCAUAUUUUAGCGUCAUAUGGAGAUGUCUGUGCUAAAAUUAAAGAACAUGAAAUGUUACACACAGUGCAUUACGUUGUUGCUUUUAAACAAAGCAUGGAAAAAAGCAUAGAAGAUAUAAUGAAAAAAAAUCGCAAGGUGUAUUUUGAGCAUAAAGAUUAUCCCUAUUCAGGAAUACCUUUUAUUUUUUCUUCAUCUAGUAUUCUUUACUGCCAACAGGGUAAAGACAAAAAUUGUGCAGCAAAAAAUAAGUACAGAAUGAAAAAAAACCAAGAAGCAACAGCAGAUCAUUCUUUCCAGAAAAAGCGAGUUCUUAUGCAGGAUACCAAGAAGUUUGAUUGUCCUGCCAAUAUUUCUCUAAAAGAAAUAGUUGAAUUCCCUGCUUUUAAGCUGGAUAGAGAUUCUCUAAGAGGUAGAAGAGAAGCAUCAAAGAAAUUGCAUUCAGCUUUGACAACUCUAACUGAAUUUUCAAUUCUUAGAAAGUAUAUCUUAUUGUUACCUGACAUUUCCGUUCAUAAAAAUCAUCUUAUUAAUGAUGCAGCAGGUUUUAAUCAGCCUUUAUCAAAAGAAAUUAUUACAAAAAUUGCUGAACUUGUUAAAAAUAGUGUCAAUACGGUUCCGGAAAUGAGACGUCACCUGAAUGCCUUUGUUCAUCUGGAACUUCAGUCAGAUGUGACUGCAAAGAAAUCCAACAAACGAUUUUUUCCGCGUGAUGAAACAAUUGCUAAUCAUAUAAAGAAAGCUAGACAAAGUCUUCGCAGAUCUUUGAUAGAUCAAGAAUGUCUUCGUGAAAAGAUAAAUGAAUGGAAACUCUAUUUUCCAGAUGCGUUAAUAAUGUUUCGGCCAAAAGGAGAAUGCAAUCUAGAAGACAAUGGUCCAUAUCCUAAAGAUUCUUUUUUGUUUAUUUAUCAAGAUGCAUGGCAACAAAGAUUACUCUUACGAUAUGGGAAUGAGCUUGCCUUUCUGGAUGCAAAAUAUCGUACAACGCGAUAUGCGCUUCCACUUUUUUUUCUUGUUGUCAAAACAAAUAUUGAUUAUCAAGUUGUUGCAAUUUUUGUUUGUGAAAAUGAAACAACUGAGGCAAUUACAGAAGCCCUAAUGUACAUCAAAAAGUGGAAUCCAUUGUUUCAACCAACUUAUUUUUUAACUGAUUACAGCAAUGAAGAAAUAAAUUCACUUGAAUCUGUUUUCCCUGGAUGCCAGGUACAUAUUUGUGACUUUCAUCGUGAACAAGCAUGGGAACGAUGGCUUUCUAAAACCGCUAAUGGAUGUUGCUUGGUGAAAAAUAAAGUAAAGGAAAAACUUCGAGCUAUUGCAUAUGCAAAAACUGAUGAAAUUUUCCAAAAAAAAGUGCAGGAAUUAGAAGAGUCGCAAGAGUGGCAAAAUAGUCCAAAACUGGCAGAAUAUUUGAAACAUACAUGGUUGUGUAUUCAAAAGAGAUGGGCGUUUGCAUACAGGCAAGAUCGUCUCUUGCUGAAUGUUAACACCAACAAUGGCAUUGAAAGACAAAACCAAACUUUCAAAUACAGCUUCCUUGAAAAAAGAAAGAAUUCUUCACUAACUUCUAUGCUUAAUAUUUGCAUUGAAGAAUUUCUUCCUCAUAACUAUGACAGCUAUUGUGAUAAAAAUAAAAAGGCGCAUUCAUCUUACAGAAAAUACAAUAACAAUAUACCAGAAUAUUUAGUUAAUCGUCCUCGACCUUUAGUGAAACAUUGCAUGAUGUUAAUAGAUAAACUACAAGGUGUCGACUUAAGUGGUAUUAUUUCUGUAACAGAAAGAUUGUACAGUGUUGCUUCAUUUAAUUCAAAUAGUAGAGAAAUUUACCAAUGCUACCUUGGUGAUGGUGAAAAUUUGCCCACUUGUUCAUGUCCUAGUUGGUUUGAUUCAGCAUAUCCAUGCAAACAUUUCUUUGGUAUAUUCCUCAAAGAAAAUCUCACAUGGUCUGCACUAGGUACUUUAUAUGCCAACUCACCCUAUUUCACAUUAGAUUUAUUUUUGGAAGAUAAUGAAUAUGCCACUUCAUCUCAACAGUUUCUUCAUUCCAGCAACAUUUUGUUGCAAAAUAAUCUUGUGGCGCAAACAAAAUUAAUGCAAGAUCCAAUUGAGCAAACAGUAGUAAGUGGUCAGAAUAAAAAAGAAAACAAUACAGAGCUAAACUGUCAAGUUAAAAACAAUCAUCCCACUUCUGAAAAAUGUCGUGAACUUAUAAAUCAAAUAACACAAAUGACUUAUUUAUGCACCUCGCAAAAAGCUAUUGAUAAUUUGUUUGCAGGGCUUAAUCAACUCAAAACAAACUUAGCAGAAAGUCUUCCAGUGGAACAAGGUAUUUUCUUGCGUCCAGAAAAUAAACCAGAUAUUUGGAACAAGUCUCAGUCAAAUUUACCAAGACUUGGACAGCUACCAGUAAGACGCAAAAGAAAACUGACUAAAAAAGUUGGUAAAAACUAUGACAUGUAUAAAGCAGCCUCAGUUAUUAGUGUAAUAAAUAAAAAUGAUUCUUUGUUGUCAUGUGACUCUGAGAUAAUUACAUGUCACUCCAUAGAUGAAAAUUGUGAAAUCUUUACAGUUCCCUGUGAAUCUAUUAUUCAAAGUUCCAUUCAAACUGAAGAAGUUUUGAUAAAUGAGAUUUUAAAAGCUAAUGUAUGUAAUGAUGCAAAUAAACAGCAAAACACUGUUCAGCGUAUUAAAUAUCUGAAAUCAUAUUUGAUUGGAAAUAUAGAAUGGAAUGAAAUUGAAAAAGAACAAAUGAUUAAUGAUAAUAUCAUUCAUUUUUGUCAGCAAGUCAUGUCAGUGCAAUUAGGUAUCAAUAUUGGUCUGCAAGAUCCUAUCAAAGGAAAAGUUCUAUCCUUUGAAAUACUUCAAAGCAUUCCAUUUGUUCAAAUUCUACAUGAUGGCAAUCUCCACUGGGUUUGUGUGACCACUUACAAUUGCAAACCAGGAGAAAUAUUUCUUUUUGACAGCCUUUUUCAUGGAUCAGUUUCUUUUGACACAAAAAGACAAAUAUGCUCCAUUCUGCAUUGUGAUCUAAAAUAUAUUGUUAUUAAAGUAUUACCCAUUCAACAGCAAACUAAUGGUGUUGAUUGUGGAAUGUAUGCUAUUGCCUGGGCUAGACAAAUCCUUGAGGCAAAGGGUGUACCAUCAACUACAAUAACAUUUGAGCAAAAUAAAAUGCGAAAACAUCUUCUACAUUGUAUAUUAAACAGCCAGUUAGAUGUUUUCCCACUCGCUGUUAAUUCAAAUGGGUUUCGCAGAUGUGGAGCAAAGACAUUCCGCGUACUUUUACAUUGCUCAUGUCGCAUGUUUUGGUCUCCUAAAGAUGAUAAAAUCUUUAACAGACAAAUGGCUCAAUGUAACACUUGCCAAAAAUGGUAUCAUCGCGAAUGCGAAAAGAUACCGCAGAGUGCCUAUGAAACAGAAGAUGAACUAUGGAAUUGUCACAGCUGUAAGAAGAGUUAGUCAUAAAAUUGAGGCUAUAAAAAGAGUUUGUCAUGAAAUGAGGCUUGUAUUGUUUUUUAAUUUUAUAUAUCUGCCAAUAGUUUAAAAAUUAAAUCUUUUUAGGCAUUGUCUUAAGUUGUUGAUAAUUAUUGCAACUAUAGUAUUAUUGCAAUAAACCAUUUUACAUGAUGAUUUAAUGUAGUUUAAAUCUUUCACUAUAGAUUUAUACCAUUUUGAUGACAUGUAUUUUUAACAUUUGGCACAAAUAUACUGUUGUCUUUGUACUGGUAUAAAAUGCCCUAUUUGAUUUGUUUGUGUCAUUGUGCUGGUAAUAUUAUUGACAUUGAACUGCUUAUACCUAAUUGGAAUCGGUAUACUAAUGAAAUAGAGCCUUUUUGUGGUAUAAGCCGUUAGGGCUAUAUAAAAAGAAUAUAUAUAUGAGAUGCAUCUCACAGGAAAAGGUACCAAGUCUUAGAAAUGGAGUUACUGAUACAGUUGCAUAGAGGAUAAUAAUAAGACACAAAAUAAAACAAAAAUUAACUUGAUAGCAUCAUUAUUGUUACAUUUUCUUUUUACAUAGUUUUUCAAGGAAGUGUUUUAAAAAUGAAAUUACAGUAUAAUAUGAGUUAUUAAAGUUUGACAUACUUUAAAACUGUGUAACUUAAAAAUAGUAAUAAAGUUAAUGUAUAUUUUGAAUAUUUAUUUUAAAAACUAUUACUAAAUAAUUAUAAAACUGCUCGAAAAAAGAAUAAAGCUAGAUUCAAAUUUUUCAACUUUUUUUUUCUUUUCUUAAAACGCGUAUAUCUUCGAGUCUAGAAAUAAAGACUUGGUACCUUUUCCUGUGAGG